AUGCCGCCGAAAAAAGAAACAAUCAGCAAAGAUGAAUUCAAUGCAUUUAAAAAUGAAGUGGAAAGAAACAGCAGAUAUUUGGUUGACCAGUUACUGCAAAAAAUUAAUCAGCUUGAGGAAAAAUGCAGCAAUAUGGAAGAUGAAAGUUCCAGGAAAAUCGAAAAAAUCAUGGAAGACCACUGCAGAGAUAUGCAAAAUUUGGAGCAACAAAAUAAAACCGACUUAGAAAACUUGAGGAAAAUAUUUGUUGAACAAAAACGGGAUGUAUCAACCAUUUAUGAAGACCGAAAAAAUUCUAACAUAGAGAUAUCCAAACCGACAUUUUUUGGCAAUAACAAAGAUCAACACCCAAUAGAUUUUUUACAAAACCUCGAGGAAUACUUUAAAGUAAAACAAAUAAAUAACGAAGAAAAAUUACUGGUUAUACGAGAUUGUCUUAGAAACACCGCAGGAAAUUGGUAUGCCACCAUACGAUUUCAAAUCAGAGAAUAUCCACAAUUCCGGGAUGCUUUCAUAGACGAAUUUUGGUCCCGAGAAAUACAGAUUAAAACCUGGAGCAGCUGUUUGAACAUCUCCCAGGUACCGAAUAAUAUAACAUACCGAGAACACUUCGCACAAUGGUCGACGAAACUACGUCAUUUGCAAGUACCACAAAUAUCCGAGGAAGAAAUAGUAACAAAUAUUGCCAGUCACUAUCCAGGAUACCUCCGAGCAAUCUUAAUAUCACUACCAGAAAAAUCAAUAAUUUCGGCGAUGAAAAUACUCAGCGCAGAGGAACAUUGCAGAGAAAAGGCUGAACCACCAGUCGCAGAAAAUAGCAACAACAACCAACAGAAAAGUAACAAUUGGAACAACCAACGGAACAACGGAUGGAAUAGCAUGCCAUCGCGACACAACCGUUGGAAUAAUCAACCAUAUCGCAAUAAUGACAAACGCGGUGAGACCCAACAAAGCAACCCGCAGCAGACGGAAAAGAUCCAUCAAGUGUCAACAAGCAAUGAAGAACAAGCAGGACAUAUUGAUAAAGAACAACAUGUUAUAAAUUCAUUAAAAACAACCAAUCAAUCCAUAAGCCCAUACAUCCGAUGCACCAUCGAAGGAGAGGAGGUAACGUUGCUGGUGGAUACGGGAGCCACGAUCAGUGUACUCACUAAAGAAGUAGUGGAUAUAAUAACACAGAAAAAUCCAAAAAUACCACAGCUUCCGGUAACAGGGAUACAAAUCAGCAACGCAGUAGGAAAAAAGAUCUGUAAAGUAUCAAAACAAAUCUUCUGCGAGUGUAAGAUUGGUAACAUAUACAUGCAAACUGAUUUUAUUCAAGUUGAAAAUCUGAAUGAGAAAGGAAUAAUUGGAGCCGACAUUUUGAGGAAAUAUUCAGCACAAAUCAAAUUCAGCGAACAAACGGUUCAGUUCAAGAUUGACAAAAUAACACAUACCAUACCAUUUGCCAGCCAGAAACCACGACUAAUCGACUCAAAAGAACAUAUACUCAACGUUGAGAUCCAUGAAAAUCCUGAAGACAAUCAGAUAACACUCACCAACGAUGAAAAACAAAUGUUUGUAUCUUUACUGAAUAAAUAUGAAGGAAUAUUUUCCAAUCAACCAGGAAAAAUACAGGAGUUUCAAUGUCAGAUACGAGUCAAGCCAGGGGACCCAAUUCACCAACGUCAGUACCCUAUACCAAUAUCCCGGAUUCCGAGGGUAGAUGCAGAGAUACAGCGCAUGUUGACAUUGGGAAUCAUCGAAAAAUCUACAUCACCGUGGUCUUCACCUAUAGUAUGUAUUGAAAAGAAAAAUGGCGAACUUAGACUAUGUUUGGACGCUCGCAAAAUUAAUACGGUCAUAAUCCCUGACCGCGAAUGCCCAACGAACCUGGAAGAAACAUUGAUGAAGUUCCAAGGGAUGAAAUAUCUCAGUUCCAUUGAUUUAACCGCAGGAUACUGGCAAUGUCCACUCAGAAAAGAUUGUCGUGAGAUUACUGCUUUUCUACACCGAGGAAGAAACUACCAAUUCAGA